UAGAGACCGUAACUCGGUAUUACCAGUUAUGGUGGAUUAUCGUAUAUUAACGAUUUUAUUUAUGUUAUUGGCUUUAGAGUUGUACUAUUUUCGUUAUUUCUGUUAUCUUUUUCUCUUUUAUUUAGUCCGGCUUGUAUAGCAAGUGAGUUAGGCGCCAUCACGAUCGAUGGGUGGUUUUGGGUCAUGACAUGUGUCUACUUUGAGCAGCUUUCUUAGUUUUCUGCCAACUUUUUCCUAGAUAUCUUUAUCGUAGAACUCCGUAGGAAGUUGUGGUAGGCAAAUCCAUAUGGAAGUGGAUGACAGGGUUCUGCCUCCGAGACAAACUUUGGCUCCCACCGUUUUACAGAAAGGAAAUUGACAGCUAUGAACCAUGGCCCUUCAUGUAAUGUUUUCACCAUGUUUUUCUCUAGUUCGAAUUUGACAAUAAAAAAUCACAUCCUAAGCCAAUCAAGAUUAACUGUUCGUAUGAUUUUCAAAGAUCAACAAGUUUGGAGCGGAGAUAUUCUUGGAAUGACCUUUGGCCAAAUACCUUAAUAACGAGCGAGAAUCACCAUGUGUGGUAUAUUCGGUUCUUAUCCUCCUGUGAUAAUGGAAUAGAGCCAUGUUUACCUUUCCUCUUAUCGAGGGUAUCAUUAGUAGUCGGUUCAUUCUCAUAGUACUGAGAUUGUAUGAUUUUAUUCUUGUCAAGCAGGAUUUUGUUGCAGGAAUGUGGUGGAGUUGUGUCUUCCUCCAUAACGGUGCCAAGGUUCGACCUCGUGUUAAAUUGGACCAUGGUGCAAAGUUAGAUCGUCGAGAUCGUGACCCAGAGACUGAUCAAGAUCGAGAUCGGCCAAGAUCGAGACCGAGCAAGAUAGAGAUCGAGCAAGAUCGAGGGGAACUUACCGAGCCAAAUAACGAAAAGCCGAAACAUCCGCAAUCUGGCGAGGAUCAUGGCCGAAAUCCUGGCACGUAUCAAGAAGAGGCCGGUUAAAUAGCUAAUCAUGAGAUUUCUUAC